CUUCAUAUAGUUCUUGCCGGCGUCCAACCCUAAGUUAAAUCCAUUAACCGGUGUUUUGUAAAUUGGCUAAGUAGAAUAAAAUUAAGAAACGAUAAAGGUGGUUCCCUUAAGCGGAGAAAAAUCAUUUUUGCCUGUACUAAAAUGAGAGUCCUUUUUCUCCUGAUUGCCAUAUCCGUUGUUGCUGCCUCAACGGAGACAGAUGGAACUAAAGGACCAAAAGGUGAAACUGAUUUUGUUGAAAAAGAGUACGGUGUUCGUUAUGCGGACACUUGCGAAGUAUGCAAGUACCUUGUAACUGAGCUGGACUUAGAGCUCCAGGCGACAGGCAAAACGCACGAUGUUAUCGAAACCGGGUAUCAUAUAGAUACGCCUCCGGAGAAGCGUAAGGUGAAAAAGUACGUCACGUCGGAACUGCGUCUAAUAGAAACACUGGAAAGCGUUUGCAACCGGCUUUUAGAGUACCGACUGCAUAAAGAGAGAACUGAUUCAACCAGAUUUGCGAGAGGCACUUCUCAGACGUUCCAGGUGCUUAACAAUUUGGUCGCUAAAGGUGUUAAAGUCGAUCUGGGUAUCCCGCAAGAAUUGUGGGAUGAACCACCCGCCGAGGUCACAAACCUGAAAACUCAGUGUGAGAAAAUGCUCGAGUCACAUGAAUCCGACAUUGAGGAAUGGUAUUUUCAACAGACCGAAAAAGUUCCCCUGAUGCAAUAUCUAUGCGAGGAACGCGUACUUAAGAACGAUCCAAGGCAAACUAAGUGUUUGCAUGAGCAACUGCUGGAUGGUGACAAUAAAUCAAGGGACGAACUUUAAUUUCUAAUGUCUGGUACAUUUCUAUACACUUUCAAAUAUUGUAUAUAUAAAUGAUUCUGUAAAAAUAAAUUUAGUCAUUUUAAUUUACCUUGUA